GAAAAGCCCUGGCGGGGUCAUCGGCCAAACCGAACCAAACCAAACCAAAUCCUCCGCCACUCCCACCAACUACGCCGAUCUCCGCCAUGGAGGGGGAGAAUGACCCCGGCGCGGACAUGGAGGCGCUCAUCCGGCGGCUGCGGCUCCACCGGCCUGCGUCCUCCCCGUACGACCCCUCCCCGGCGGCGGCUCUCGCCACCGCUGCCGCCGGCGAGCUGUUCCGGCCGCGGAGGGCCGCCGUGCUGGUCUGCCUCUUCCGGGGCGCCGCCGGCGAGCUCCGUGUCAUCCUUACCAAGCGCUCGCCCUCCCUCUCCACACACUCCGGGGAAGUUGCAUUGCCAGGAGGGAAGGCUGAUGAGGGUGAUGCUGAUGAUGCAGCAACAGCAUUAAGGGAGUCAAAGGAGGAGAUUGGGCUUGAUCCAGCCCUGGUCACGGUCGUUGCCUCUCUUGAGCACUUCUUGUCCAAGCAUCUUCUGGUAGUUGUUCCUGUUGUUGGCAUACUGUCAGACACACAGGCGUUUAUACCUGUUCUCAAUGUUGCUGAGGUGGACGAAAUUUUUGAUGUGCCCCUGGAGAUGUUCCUCAAGGAUGAGAACAGGACAUCUGAGGAGCGAGAAAAGAUGGGUCAGGCAUUCACAGUUCAUUACUUCACUUAUGAGAAAGGGAACAGGAAGUUCAUAAUCUGGGGUCUGACCGCCCGCAUCCUGAUCCAUACCGCUUCAAUAGUAUACGAGCGACCACCGGACUUUCCUGAGCGAAGAGUACAGUUCAACUUGCCAAAGUACCAAAAGGAGUAUCCUUCAAUGCCAUUGGGAUCAGUACCUGCUAGACAUUAGUGUUCACGGCGCUGUCUCCACUAUACGCCAUUGGGGCGUACAGGAGAUUACACCACAAGAAAUUGUUAUAGAAUCCAAGAGGAGUUAAAAUCAUAUGCUAUCAUACUAAUUUAUAUUCUUUGCAUUCAGUAAUAACAUUAACAUUUAGAACAAUGUUACCCCUAAAAAACAUAUAGAACAAUGUAAUAGUAUCUGUGUACAAUGCCAAUUGUCUCUAUUGAUGCUAUUAAUGUAAUCAAACACUUGCUCUAGUGUAAUUGGAUUGUAUGUAUAAAUAAGAAUGUUCUGCUGAA